UACAAAAAAGAACGUAAAAAGAAGCAGACACGUGUACCCUCAUCGUCAUUCGUUUCAAGCCUUUAUUGUAGACCACACGUCUGUUCAGCCCGUCUGAAUUUGCGAUUUGAUCGUUCGACAGUAGAUAUUAUCGUUUAAAUUCGUUUUAAAUCCCACGAUCGCUUUCAUUCAAGUUUGAAUAGCUAAUUGUUUUUUAAACCGCAAUCGUAGGAAAUUUUAAAGUUAACUAGUUCGAGGAGGGAAAAAACCCAUUGGAUUGACGUCACGAAAUCUCUACCAUGGCUUCUAUGUCGGUCAUGGACACUCAAUUGAGUCAGCGAAGCAAGUUUAACAAGUUUUCCCUGAAUAAAAACAAUUUCAAGCAACAAGAUUGUAAUGGCAAUUAUGCCCAAUAUCACAGCGAAUCAAAUUCUGAUCUGACAAAGGACGAGCUUAAGGCUGUCCAGCAGUUAAGAAUGGCUAUUGGAGAUUGCAAACUGCAUGACCCACGAGAUGUGUAUCUUCUUAAAUGGCUUACAGUUGGAUCGGAUGUAGCUCGUGCAGAGAAAAUGCUCCGACAGUCGUUGGAAUGGCGACGUUUGAAUGGAGUGGACGAAAUCUUGGACACGUUCAAGCCCAGUGAAGUUUUCCAGAAAUACUUUCCAGCAGGUGAAGUUGGAAUCGAUAAAUUCGGCUGUCCCGUGUUUAUAUAUGCUUCUGGAAGGCUAGACAUGAAAGGACUUUUAGCAAGCACCACAAAGAAGGAAUUUAAUAAUUUUCUCAUUUGGUUGACGGAAAAAAAAGGCCAUGCAACUAGGGUGACCAGUGAACGAACGGGCAAAGUAAUUUCCAAGUGUACAUUCAUAUUCGAUCAGGAAGGGUUAUUACUGAGCGAUGUGCUCUACAAGCCAGCAAUGGAUUUUUCGCUCGAAUUCACAAAGCUUAUGGCCGCACAUUAUCCAGAUUAUCCUCGACGAGUAUUCAUCAUCAACGCACCGUCGUAUUUCUCGAUAAUUUUCUCUCUCUCAAAACCAUUUCUGCGUGAAUGCGACGUUCUAAAAAUCAAACUAUUCGGUAACAAUAAAAAUGAAUGGAUUCCCGCUCUGCUGGAAGAAAUUGACGCUGAUCAACUUCCUGCCUAUUACGGUGGCACCAUGACCGAUCCUGAUGGCGAUCCGAAAUGCCCCAGCAAGUUUAAUAUGGGAGGUAAAAUACCUCAUUCCUAUUACCUGUGCAACAAACCGCCUAUGGCCAAGGAUUACAUGGAAACUGUGAACAUCAUGGCUGGCGCCGGUGGCCGGAAGAAAUUGAAAUUUAAAGUCGAUAUCGCGCAGUCGGUGAUGAGUUGGGAGUUCAUGACGGAGGGUGGUGAUAUUGGAUUCCGAGUUUAUAGCAAAGAUUCCAAAGGUCACGAAGAUUUGUUUCCACCGUGUCGAGUUGACAGCCAUUUGGUGAUGGAAGAGGGUCAAGUCAUUUGCAAUCAGCCUGGCAACUACGUUUUUGAAUUCGACAACACGCACAGCUAUUUGCGUAGCAAAAAAGUUCGUUAUCAUAUCGUUCUCCAGCCUUCGUUGGAUAAUUUUUAACUGAAAUUCUCGGUGACCACAGAAAUUAUUUAUUUUUUAAACGUAUAACUCUAUUAGAUAGCCAAACUAUAUAUACGAAAUAUAUAUACGUUCUUAAUAACCACAAUAAUCAAAUAAAAUGAUUAAUUCUU